AAUGGAAGUGAUUCCUGUCAGUUUCACUAACAACAAAACUGAAAUGCUGCAGAAAUUGGCAGCUUAAGUAGCUUUCCCCAGGAAAAGUGUAAUCAACUCAUCCGAGUUGAAUAAUUGUGGUUUUUAAUUAAGCUCUGCUUUAAAAACUUAGUCCUUUUAUAGGGACACUGGCUAGAUUUCAGGCAGGUGGUCUCAAAAACAAGUUGAAAGUGGCCUCUCAUUUGAAAAUGCUCAGUAUCCCCUGAUUUUCAAACACCAUAUGUAGUACCUCUUCCAAAAUCCAAAGUAGGAAAGAGAUUAUUAGAGUAGUGACUGCUACAUAAGCUAUUGUACAAAUCUGGCAAGUAGCAGGAUACUAAGGUUUCUUUCCUGAGAUUAAAAAAAUGAUACAAUUGAAGACAAAUUUCUUUGUCCACUAAACUUGUCUAUUUGCUACUCUACUGAAAGUCCCUCUUACUGUACAUUUUUGCUGCUUGUGUUCAGUGGAUGAGUUGCUUUCUUUGUGCCUUGAAGUCAAUUAUAUAUGGGAGAGAUUAUAGAGUGGUUGGCUGGGAAAAAAUACAGUUGACUUUAGAUUGCAGCCACGUCAUGGAAAAGUGACUUGAUGAGUCCUAACUUAGAACCCUUUUGAGGUACGUCCAUGUGGCAGUGUUUCAAUGUCAUGCUGCUGGUCUGGAUUCUUCUCAUCCUUUGAAAGUUCAUAGUGCCUUGUUUGGUUUUAUGGAAACCAAAUUUGCAUUGCAGUCUUAGAACUAAGAAAGCAAAAAUGAAAAUCUGUUCAGAACUUUGAAGGCAUUUUGUCUAAAUCAUCAUUUCUCUUAUAUCCAUUGCAUUGAAAUUAGCAGUCUGCUUAAUAUCCUCCUUGCAUGAUGCCAGUUGACAGGUUAAAAUUUGAGAUCUUUAUAGCCGAUGUCUCGGACUGGAGUUUCCUCUCUCUCAUACUCGGGUGCAAAUUGAUCUAAGCAGAAUUGGUGUUUAUCAGAAGGGCAUGAGCCAGAGGUUUUUUCCAGCGUACCAUGGCUUUGCCUUGUCUUAUAAUUUAGUGUGUUGUAAUAUCAGACCAUAUUUUCCCAGACAUCUGAAAGUAGAAAGGUCUAGUACAGUAUGAAGGAUUGGUUGCCUAAGGAGCCAGGGUGGGAAAUAUCUUCUCUCACAUAUAUUUGAAGCACACUUCUAAACAAAGUAAAAGAGGCUCUGGGUUCCCCAAGCUUUCCCUGUUUGCAUAGAGUGGAAAUCCUGUAAUUUAGCUUCCGGAGUACUGCUUGAAAAGUGCUUGCUAAAAGGAGCAAGAUAGAAGAGUGAAGUGGCCCUAAUCCGAGAUUCAAGUUAUUGUCAGGUAGAGGGGUGGUCAUUACUGAAUUGAGGCAGUGGCCUCCACGAACAUGUCAGCGCUCUGCCGUAAAGAGCUUUCUGACUCCUUCAAAAGGCAAAGAAACAGGUAGCUGCUGUCCACAAUGGAGAAGGCGUGGGUGAGGGUAACGGGGAUGCAUUAGAUUAGCAAUGUGCAUGAUGUACAGGUGUCAGGGUGUUCUAAAGAUGCAAAUGAAGAGUUUUAAUAGUACCUGUAUAGUCUGAAAUUAAACUGUCACUUCUGAACUAGCAAGAGCCUAUUUGGAUGGUAAUGUUGGCUUCUGGUGUCUAUCUUGGCAAGUAAACUCUCUCUGUUUUGAAUCUCUUUAUGAGAGUGAGAUCUUGGAAUGACUCAUACAGAUAAGUGGAACCAAGGCUGUUGCUUAUUUGUGCAAUCUCAGAGAGAUAGCUGUGUCAGUCUGUAAAUUUAAAAACAGCUAGUCCUGUGGCACCUUGGAGACUAACAAAAAUAAAUAUAGUAUCAUGAGCUUUCAUGGGCAAAACCCUUAUGCAGAAUUUUCAUUAACUCCAUUGGGUUCUGCGUAUGUGUAACCAAGAAUGGAAUUUGGACUCCAAUCUGUUUGUAUCUAAGCACUCUCUUGACAACUUCCUGCUUGAUCUGUAGUUAAUCCGAAGGUUUAUUGGGGGUUGGUUAAUUUUAUUGAAAGGUGACCUGCAAAGGAUGUUUGCUUUUUUGGUGACACAUUUAUGCUGUAUAAAAGUUUGAGAUUUUUUUUUUCUAAAAUCUCUUUUCUGCUUGUCUUUUAAAUACAAAUACAGGUGGCUUAUCUUCUUAUUUCCCCUGGAAUACUUUAUGGACAAAUGGAGAGCUGGUGGGAUUAUAUCAAAUACCCAGGAAAUAAAAGGGAAGAGAGAUUUAUUUAGGCUCUCACACUAAUUUAAAUCCGUGCCUGACAAGCAGCUGCAAGAGGGUUUUUUGUUGUUGUUGCUGAAAAGAUUCCAUGCCCUGGACUUUCCAGUUGAAGGCUGAGCUGAGCUCUUUGUCCUCCAAGGAAACCGCCAGCAAAAAAAUAAACAAGACAAGACUUGACCUUCCAGGUCACCGAGCCCCACCAGCAAGGAGCGGCCAUCGGUGUGUAGCCGAUAACGCCAACCUGUACGUGUUUGGAGGGUAUAACCCGGAUUACGAUGAGUCUGGAGGGCCAGAGAAUGAAGACUACCCUCUCUUCAGGGAGCUUUGGCGAUAUAACUUUGCUACAGGCACAUGGCAUCAAAUGGGCACCGAGGGUUACAUGCCCAGAGAGCUAGCAUCCAUGUCACUUGUCUUGCAUGGGAACAACCUCUUGGUAUUUGGGGGCACCGGGAUCCCGUUUGGGGAGAGCAACGGCAAUGACGUCCAUGUCUGCAAUGUGAAGUACAAGCGAUGGGCCCUGCUCAGCUGCCGAGGGAAGAAACCAAAUCGAAUAUAUGGACAGGCGAUGGCUAUCAUUAAUGGCUCCUUAUAUGUUUUUGGAGGAACAACUGGUUACAUUUAUAGCACAGAUCUACAUAAAUUAGACCUUAACACAAGGGAAUGGAUACAACUGAAACCCAACAACAUGCACUGUGAUAUGCCAGAGGAGAGGUACAGACACGAAAUCGCACAUGAUGGGCAGAGGAUUUAUAUCUUGGGAGGUGGAACUUCCUGGACAGCUUAUUCCUUGGAUAAGAUCCACGCAUAUAACCUUGAAACAAACACCUGGGAGGAAAUUGCAACGAGACCCCAUAAGAAAAUAGGUUUCCCAGCAGCCAGAAGAUGCCACAGUUGUGUACAAAUAAAAAAUGAUGUGUUUGUCUGUGGCGGAUACGACGGAGAAGUGAUCUUGGGAGACCUCUGGAAGCUAAAUCUUCAAACUUUCCAGUGGGCGAAGCUACCAGCGGUCAUGCCGGAGCCGGUUUAUUUUCACUGUGCUGCUGUCACACCAGCUGGCUGCAUGUACGUCCACGGAGGGGUGGUCAACAUCCAUGAAAACAAACUGACUGGCUCCUUAUUUAAGAUGUGGCUGGUAGUCCCCAGCCUCCUGGAACUGGCCUGGGAGAAGCUGCUGGGAUUCUUCCCUCAUCUAACAACUCUCUCCAGAUCGCAGCUUUUGCGCCUGGGCCUCACACAGGGACUCAUUGAGCGAUUGAAAUGAGAGCUCCUUGCUGUCCUCUCCCUGUCCUAAAAGCACUAAAAAGACCCCCUGCCCCUUACGGAUGUCGCUGCGGAGGAGAGGGGAGAACCCGGCGCGCAGCGCCUUACUCAGCAGAUACAGCCCACGCCUUUCUGUGAAUGUUUAUGGAAAUCAGAUUUUUAUUUAUGGAUCUCUACAAAUACAUUAGGCAGGAACUAAGAUGCUGUUCAGAACUUGUUCAUCACGGACAGCCACCAGCCUUUGUUUGCACGUGCCGGUAGCCUAAUAAAUUUGAGGGAGGGGCUUAGACAUUGCGGCAGCUCCUGCUGACACACGGUGUUUAACUUAUUGCUUCUAAAGGUGCAUUUAACUCAUUAGAAGAUGCCCACGGCAGCCAUUCAGCCACCUGUUGGACUGAAAGUUCCCCUUGGUGCCCAGCUGCAUCCAUGCUCUGAAUGCCACAGUUGGCCCUGCCUCUGUAUAGCUUUCACUGCCUGACGACUUGUGUGUGUGGUGGGCAUACGAGCGUUGUCUUUGAGUUCUGGGAGGUGGCUGGGAUGUGGCAGUAGCCGGUGAAAACGGCACAGGCCUUCUGAAACGUUGCUGCAGCACGCGGUGGUUUCAAGCGACAGUGUCACUGUUCCUUCCCUUUUCAUAUUGAAAUGUCUGCCUGGAAGAGUGGUUACAAAAUGGCCGCAUACAGACUACUGUGUAGUUUUCUCUGAACAGGUGGUGGGAAGGAGCAGUGUGGUACUCGGAAUCUUCUCCUUCCUGCCCUUGUAGCACUCUGAAAAAGCUGAUAGAGGAAACGUACUAUAUCGAUUUUAAAGCUGUCUGUAACCUUACGUAUGUCAUGCCCUCCAUAAUUCAGGGUCUUGCCCACCUGUGUCCCCUCCACCCACGUUCCAUGAGUCUCCCCCCCCCCCCAGCCAGUGGAAUUUUCUCUGGAUUGCCUGUCCAAUGCUUUGUUUUAUUCCUUUUCUGUCUGGCUUUUUUUAACUUCUGUGAACCGAUCCUUCCUCCCAAAAUUAAUGGCUUGUUUUUCACAGGAAACACCAUGUGUUGUAAAACGUGGGGGAGAGGAAUG